AUGAAGUCGUCAAUUCCUCUCGCUCUUCUCGGCUUAGCUCCAUACAUGGCCCAGGCCCAGAAGAGCACCACCAAAUACAGCAGCACAACCGUUUUUAUCCCCCCAGUAAAGACUGGUUCCGCAACAGACAUUUACGCCUCCAUCAUCGCCUCAGACGAUAGCAGCACAAAAUAUCUCCUCGGCUGCCAAACAGCGCUUGAUGCCUCAACAUACUCCUGCGAUAAUGACUUUUCAGGCAUUACAUACACCCGCUAUGCGUCCAGCAUAGACGUCCAAUUCGGUGUGACAUCGUUUGGUUGCGAAACGGGUAAUGACCGAGCUAUCUGCGUUUCCAAGACUGCCACAGGCGAUGAUGCAGAGACUAGAACUCUUACAUCAUCUGAGAGCUCGCUCUGGAUGACUGCCAUUACCUUUGUCGAUGUCAAGAAGAGAAAGACGACUGCUACCCACGCACAAGAGACUGAGUCAUCAAAUCGUAAGCUAUGCAAGCGAAAAGUUCGCGAUCAUGUUAGUGGUGGAAGCGACAGCGAAAGCGACAGUGGAAGUGGCACUGGUACUGGUACUGGCAGCACUAACAAUGGUGAUGCUGAUGCUGACGCCGAUGGAGAUUCCGGGUCAAGCGUCAACAAGAAGCCUAACAACAACAAUGACCAAGACUGCUCCGCCGCUUCUAUCGCAUCAUUGAGUUGGGCUGCCUUUGCUAUGGGUUUUGGAGGAUAUCUUGGCUUGAAUUUGGCAUAA